AUGGUAGAGCAUAACCAAAUCUACCACCUAGUCAGGGACCUCCAUCUGCUCCAAGACCUACGAAAUGGAGAAGCACAAUUCCACUCUAUCUUCAAAAAAGUUGUCGAAGACGUCCUACGAUUGGUUGGCUUGAAACAUAAACAUAGAAUCAAGAUAACAAUCCACACGUCCCAAUUCCCUGCUUUGACCUUGACCUGCUAUUGCAAACCUCAAAGGGCGAAUGAAAAACCGAAUAUUCAACAAUUGGCACAGCAUGAAUCCCAUUCCCAUGGCCCCUCGUACUUCGAUCACCUACUACAAGCAUUAUCCACAACUUCUAUUGACAAUGGCCGGCCUAGAUACGUCAAGGAGAGCUAUAAGGCAAUUGUCGAGGAGCUUUUUCAAUAUAUACAGCUGGCUCUGGAGAUAUACAGUUAUUCCAAGGACCAUUUAGCGGAGUUUCUUGGUCAGUGUUUGAUACACGAGUAUACCAUAGCGAAAAACCUUGAUCAAAAGGUGGAACUAGCCACAGAUGAAACACAGCAGCUUGCCUCUGUGCUAGAUGAGCUACUCAACAAAAGUAUGGCAUCAGAUAGCGACUCGAUUUUUGAGUACAAUGUCCCUUCAGCGUCCAAGACUGGGCUUUUGAACUUCACAUGUGACGAUGAAGCGUUAAACAAGGCCUACGAAGCAGUCUUACACCUCACGCUUCUCAAACCAGAGAGCUCGGUUUACAGCAGUGUUCCCUCUUUGGUGAGGAUCUUACUACUGAUGUUCGAGAAGCAUCAUGCCAUCGAGUGUAUGGAGAUUGAGUCGUUCGAGAAUAGAGAGAAACAGCUUCAACUAUUUUACGAAUUCUUUCUCGGCUCGGAGCAAUUGCCUGGAGUCGUACCAAGUCAGUACGUUCAGCAAGCUGAAUCGAUCUUAGACUCCGUUGAAUUCCCAACUGAUAUACCAUCACUAGUCAAAGGCAAUGAGUCCGAUCACGAACUCGCUGCUAUUGCCGAGACUCUGGUCUCUGAGGGUUUUCUGCAGCAUGAGCUUGGUGAACUAUUAUCUAAUUUGAGCACCGUGGUCAACCUCCUCAACGAGUACGACCCGCAGUUCCAUCCUCAAUUCCCUCAAAUUUUCAAACAAUAUGUUCUCCUUGUGUACGAGGACUAUACCGAUUUGGCUUGUUUGGCUGAUUAUAGGUAUAUUGAGGAAUUGACUAACCUCGUUGGCCAAAUAAGCGAAUAUGAGGCCAAUGAGGAUAUGAAUGGCGACCUGGAUGAGGCACGAGCUUCUCACAUUGCCAAAUUGAGUCUUCAAAAAGCUACGCUAGCUCUUUGGAAAUCAAGGAUGGACAUGCAUGAGGAGUUAAGGCUUGUUGCUCAGCUCAACUUCGAAAGACAAUACUUCUUGAGAUGGAAGGAAAAAACGUCGGACGCCAACAAGUAUUUACAAUUAGCUGCCAACUUUCGAGAAAACGGUCUUCUGUUCAAAGAUAGGUACUCGGCGAAGUUUCACAUCAGACUUUGGCAGAAUCGAAUUGUCUCGAGAUUCGAAGCAUAUGCAAAUGAGGCUAUUGAUAACUUCCAUGAAAAGGUAAGGCAUAAGCGAACUUUGUCAAUUUUUAUCAAACACUGGCAAAAUGAGUCUGCCAAAAUUGGUGCAAGGAGAAAGAAAUUGAAUCUUUUACUUCAGCAGCACAAUACGGCUAGCUCAGCUCUCGCACCAGUACUUAAUCACUGGAAGGACAAGACUCUUCGCUACCGAGAGCAUUAUGCAAUGAGUCUCGAAUUUCAUGAUGCGGUGCUCCACAAAAAAGUCAUGGUGCUCUGGUAUGAGAAACUUUUGAUAAAGUCUAACUAUCUUGAGGAACUAGCGGACGACUUAUUGAGCCAGAAGAGCUAUGCGACUUCACUCGAGUAUCUUCAAAAAUGGAAUCUAAAGUACAUCAAAACUUACAAGCGGAAUUUGCAGACGUGUACUAUGUUUCAAGAGAAAUGGAAUGCGUCUAAGGCAAGGUCGCUUUUGCAAGUGUGGAGAUUUAAGGCACUUCAUAGGGAGUUCACCGAUGACAAACAAGAGGAUGAGUACAUGGAAGCAGAUACCAGCGUCUUUUUCAGUAGUUUGUCUCCGCUUGCAAAGAAACGAGGGAGCUUCCUCGAAGGACACAGCUACUUACAUACCCCCGUGAAGAAGCAGGACGAGUCCGACAAGAUUGGAUACCAAUAUGAAGAUGAAUUCAGACAAAAUUGA